AUGAAGAACAUCUUUGUCGCCGUAUUAGCUGGAGUAGCUUUUGUCACGAUUGCCGGGGGGGUGCCUGCAGCUUGGGAUGUUAAUGGUAAGUAAAAAUUCAAAUCGAAAGGUAUUAUUUACUUUGAGGUUAACCGAACCCCAUUAGUUUAAAGGACCAUUCUAAAAACAUAAGAAGGAAGUUAAAGAAGCCAAUAAGAAGUUCAGUGGCAACGAGAACGUAAGAGAGAGUGCAUUCAAUCGUUCGCCAUUUAGCCGAUUCCUUAAGAUUAUUCUAACUUAGUAAUACUCAAAUUGUUAAAUAUGGGCGAAUUCUUCUUGAAUUAUAUUCGUACUCAGGAAGAGACUAGACAAAAAAACGUUUCAUAAAACCUCGGCGUUGCAUUAGCAAAAUUCAGGUCGUAGUGGUGCAGUGACAGCAAGAAAUAUGUCCCAGAAAGUGAAGUGUGAUAUUCCUGUUUUAGACGUUUUCGUUGCUGUUCAAUUUUGAUUGAUUAAGCUCCCUAGUGGAUGAAACAGCCUGGGUCCAUGAUUUAUAAAGCUCUUGAUUCUUCCCUUCUUCCGAAACUGGGAAUUUUUUCCUUGCCCUUGCCUUUAUAUGGAAAUGUCUUUUUAGCGUUCAGUUUUGGAAUCUACAGUAGUGGGCAUUCCAACAAAUAUAAACUUAACAAAGUAAGAAGGAAGACAGGCACCAUUAAACAAGCCCCUCAAAAUAAAUGAAAAAAAUAAACAAAUAAAUAAUACAAGUCAAGAGUAAAAAAUCAAUUAAAAACAAAUAAGGGUAACGAGGUCUAAUAUGACCCUUUCAUAGAAGUUACACGUUUUUCUUCUAUAAUCUGUUUAAUAACUCUGAAUCAAAAAAAAAAUUCUUUAUUACUGUUUUCUUUCGAGAAAUCUAAUAAAAAGAAAUAUUUUAAAUUUUACCUGAGGCAUUCGACAUAGUGAAAUUAAAUAUCUAUCAAAUGUUCGAUGCAGUUUUGUUUUACCAAGGGGUCGUGUUUGAAACUGACAACACGUUCCUUUUCUAGGGGAGGAUGACGUCAUGCCUUCGUCAGUGGAGAUUAUGCGUCGUCAAUGCAGCUGCGCAGAGCAUCAUCACGAGUGUGGCUGCUGUAUGGCGAUCAAAACGCAUGCGUUUCAUAAAAGAAUUGAAGCUAAUGGUAAAGCUAUCUUUUGAUUUUAUGUUAAGCCUCUAUAAACUUGACGAAGUAAAAAGAAGGCAAACAACUUAAGUUCCAUUUGCAAAAAAAAUAAAAGAAAACCGAGGUUGCAUUUAAAUCCGGCAUGACACAUUUGCAUUAUUAAGUAUAUUUUAUCGGUAUUUCUACUGAAGCAGAUAUGCUUAUGACAAUUGAGUGGUAACUUUUUUUAUUGUUUAUUUAUUUAUUUAUGUAUUUAUUUAGUUAUUUAUUUUUAUCUACGUGCAGUGUGCAUGAAUGCUUCUUAUACACCAUCUCCUUUGGUAAGUUGAUCAUAGUUUCUACUGAACUCUAUUUCACGCUCCGGUAAUCACUUUUCAUCAGAAGCAUCUUAUCUUCUAGUUUCUAUAAAACGCGGGUAACAAACCAGAGUAAUGCAAACACUGAUAUCACAGGUGUUAUAAUUUUUCAAACAAAGCGUUAAAAAGCUUCAAUCAACAAUGCUAAAGAAUUAAACUUUUUUGAAAUUCCUUGACCUGACAGAAUUAAUACUACCGUACAUCGAACUAUAUUGUCGUGGUCCGUGUUAAAUGUAUGAAAUAACUGAUAGCCCAAUUUAAUCAUUGACCUAGUACAUAAUAGGAAUUGUUUUUAAGCAUAACAUAUAAUCAUGGAAGGACAUUUUUAUUUUCUUCUUUUCGGCCUACGUUCUGAUAACGCCUCCUAUCUUACUCACGGGCUCCGCUUUUAUGGUCAGAGCUAUCAACUGUCAUAAUUGAGGCUUUGAUUAGUUUAGCAGUUUAAUUUCUGGUCUCUUUUCUCCAGGGUGCGCAGUUCUUUCUGACUUGGAAUAAGGAUGUAUUGUUCAACCAGACAAUAUCAGGUUAGAGCAACAUUUACCUUGUUACUCACUGUGCAUUUUUAAACUUUUUUUAUCCUAGUAAUUUUAAGUUAUAAACAUUGUUAUAAAUUUUGUGACUUGUCAGUAUUUACGUUAGCUAUUUCAGGCGUCCAUGCAUUUGGUAAAUUUUAAAAGAUCUGUUACAACACCGAAGUACCAACUCAAAGUAAUCCAAAACAACCCUAUUAAAAGAUCUGCAAACUCGGCCCGCUGAACUAUCAGCUCUUGGGUCCUUAGAAAAAUAGACUUUUAAUUUUGGGGGAGUCUAGUUGUCUGUGCUGAUUCUCAACUAACCAGCGCGUGGUGUGUGAUGGGGAAGAAAAAGGCGGAAGAAAGGACACUCAACACACGGCUUUCCUUAAUAGAUGGGUUUUCAGGAGGCGUUUAAAAGCGGCAACAUUAAUGGCAUGGAGGAUGACCACAGGUGAGAUCGUUCCAUAGCUUUGGUGCCGCGGCUGUAAAUGAACGGUCACCAAGAGUAACGAGAGUUCUUAUAUUGGGAUGCUGAAGUAAUAGUUUGUCAUCAGAAGACCUUAGAUUGUAUCGAGGAAUAGUUUUAAGUUUCAAUAAUUCUGUAAUAUAUGCAGGAGCGAGUCCAUUUAAGGCUUUAUAGGUAAAAAGUAGAAUUUUAAAUUGAAUUCUGUUUCUAACUGGCAGCCAGUGGAGGCUAAAUAAGAUGGGAGUGAUGUGAUCGAAGCGUCUAACCUUGCAGAUCAGCCUUGCAGCUGCAUUCUGGACUCGUUGGAGCUUGUGCAGUAGGUUGGUAGGCAAGCCAUACAAGAGGCUGUUGCAAUAAUCCAGAAGACUCGUUACAGACGCAUUGACCAAGAUGAGGACAAUUAAUCAAGACUGGGGAAACUUCCUAAAUCUUCUUAUGUUAUAUAAGUGGGAAAAAAGUGGCUUUACCACCGUUAUUAAUGUGUGUGUCCAUCUUAACUGUCGAUCAAACCAGGUACCAAGGUUCUUUACGUCGCUAGCUGGUGUAGUUGUACUGUCACCAACUCGCAUAGAUUCAAUAUUAACUUUCGCCAGCUGCUGUCUCGUUCCCAUGAUGAUGAAUUCUGUUUUAUCGUCGUUUAGUUUAAGCCUGUCAGAUAGCAUCCAACCUCUCAUUUUGCAUGUUCUCCAGAGCUACUGAUUGCUCCUCACUGGAGUUGGCAUUGAAGGAGAUGUACAGCUGCGUGUCAUCAGCAUACGCGUGAUGAAGUUCGAUGAUCGUGAACUGCUUGCUUGCGUAGAGGAAAAAUAAGGUGGGACCAAGACAAGAUCCUUGUGGAACGCCAUACUUUGCCUCAAACCUCUUUGAUGUUUCGCCGUGAAUAGAUAUGAAUAGGAAUCUCGUGGUGCUAGUAGGACAUGAACCAGGAGUGCGCGUGUCCCGCCCGAGAUGCCAAAGUGGGUGUGCAGACGGUCGAGUAAAAUCGAGUGGUCAAAGGCUGCACUGAGGUUAAGUAGUAGUAGGAGAGUGACUCCCUGGCGGUUCAUAUUGAGUAAUAUGUCGUUUAUGACCCGCAGUAGCGCGGUUUCAGUGCUGUAUGUGAAAUUCACGGUACGAGGACUGGACCUUAGGAUAGAGCUUGUGCAGGGUUAGAUAGUCAUGAGUUUGAUUGAAACGGGUCGCUCAACUAGUUUAGAAACAAACGAAAGGUUGCUGAUUGGUCGUAGGUUGUAAAAUAUCACCUCAGCUCUUGGUUUCUUUAGCAUUGGGUGAACGUCGGCUUGUUUCCAGUUGUCAGGGAAACAACCAGUUUCUAAGGACAGAUUUAAAAUCCUGGUGAGAACUGGCACAAGAACAUCAAGGCACCCAACCACUAGGGGAGUAGGCUUGGGAUCCAAGGAGCAUCACACCCCGGGAUCUACUCAGUAGGCAUGCUCGAUAGAGCUGACUAGGAAAAGUAAGGAACUAAAUAAGGCGGUAACAUUUUCCAAUCACGCGUUUCUCAAAACAAUAAUUUUUCUGUUAAUUGACAGCUGCCUACCCGCCUCCAAUUUGUUUUGGCAUUCCUCAUAUUCCAGUAGCCAAAGCCUGCGUCAAAUUUUCCAACGUUUCAGUCGAAAGGCAUCACGUGGGAGGCUGCGCUGCCCUGGAGUUCAAAGGUUUCCAUUCACGGAAGGACAUUCCGCUGGGAUGCUUCUUUUUCAGAGGUGCAGAAGGAGAUGGUUUUGAUGUGGAAACAUUCUUAGACGCAGAAUCACUCCUAUCGUUAUUGGAGGAAUCAUUUCAAGCAUCCACGGUUUGUUUGCGGUUUUUUGACUCUUUUUUGUAAGCAACGACACUUGUUAAGUCUUCUCGCUUAGAUGUCCUAUGUCGCCGGAAUGAUGCGGGUAUGAGGCAUGUUUUCCUGUCGUAUGGAACUACGCAAAACCAAAACGGGAAACUUAGAUGUUUCCUUUUGAAUAUUACGAUCACACAAGAGAGGAGGUUUAUCAUAUGCAUCUUUUGGGCUACGCCAUAAGAUUUCUUGCACCUCGACUUCAGGAACGAAAGUCAGAUCUACAUACUAAGUAAAAAAUUAUUUUUUGCUGAUAAAAGCCUUCAUUGAAUGGUCACACCUUAGAAUUUUAUAACCGCAGAGUCAAAAAGUUAGAGCCGCAUACCAACAAAAAAAUUACAGUAAAUGCUGAAGAGGUAUUUGUGGAAAUCUAGUUUAUACUAAGAGUGGCUAAUGGUUUUCUAUGGACAAUAUUGUCCGAUCAAAACUAACUCUGAUUAGGGUAAUCCAUUGCAGAAAUCUCGUGAUGAAUUUUACUUUUUCUCGGACGUCAGUCAAAUGGUAGACGAAAAAAAAAUCUGCAAGGCUAGUAAAACGGAAAGAAAUUCACCCCAGUCUUUGUUUCCGGUGUGAAAGCCUAUGGACUAAUUAAGCUGUAGAUUAAUUAUUAUUUCUCCUUUAACCUGGGUUAAGAAUGGCAAAUCUCAGAUGUAUUUGUUUUGUAGGAAAGCCAUAUUGACACCGACUACACUCCGACGAAUGAAGUAAAGCCGAAUGAUGACGUAACAGAUCUUGUGACGUUUGAUAAAGGUGGCUGUGUGUGUGGAAAGACUCCUCCUCAAUGCGACUGUUGCAUUGAAGUAACACUGAUUCAUUAUCCGAUCAAAGGUAACUUAUACCUCAUAUGCUGUAAAACCUAAUUACACUGUACCAAGUGAAUGAUGGGCCAGUCGCUUUUCCAGUUCCGUUUGUAGAAGUCUUCGUCUUUUUUAGUCUUUGCUGGUGUAGUCUUUGUUGGAGUGAAAGGUCUUAUUAGCCUUAGGUCAGGUUCUCCUGUUGUCAAUAAGGUGAUUUACUCUCAAAUGAAUGAGUAGGUACCUUCACUCCAACGAAAGGCUGCGCUCGAAACAAGCAACUGGUUCUUUUCACGGUGACAAGAUUUUAUCAGUUCUUCUGAUAAAAUUGAGCUGGGCGUGUCAGUUGGGGAAGCGAUUGGGAAAAAGGGAGAUUGAGGAGGGAGUAGGGAAAGGGAAAGGGGUAAAGGCUCUCGCAUCUCUCCUUAAUUCCUCAGCUCUAGGUCACCGAUUUGAAUGCACUUUAUGUUGUUGAAUGACUGGAUACUUUUGACUGGAUCUAAAGACGAUAUAUAUGGCAAAACAAAUUUGAAGCAGACUUGUGGGAACUCCAUUAUUAUAUGAAUAAAUAAAAUGCAAAGAAGAAAUCGGAAAUUCAUAUACAAAAAUUUAUAUAUGUCUUCAUGAUGAUGGUCAUCAUUUCAUUUAUACUACUCUUUUAUUACUAUCAGUUUUAAUUAGUUAUUUUUUUCCUUUCAACAGCCUGUGUUCAUGCAGACAUUGAUAAAGCUGAAACGGUAAGGACAUAGAAGAAAACUUUUUCUUAGCCAGUCCAAUGCCUUAUUCUGCUUGUUUCCCAUCACUUGUGUGUUUCCUUCGCCUUAGCGAAAUUUGCAUGUUUUGGCCCCAUUGGAAUCGACGAAUUCGGCACGCGUUAGAAUUUCUCCCUCAUUGGUUUACAAAAAAAAAAUAAAACUGGUUACUUAACAGCUGUUUUCACUCAUGAAAAAUAAUAAUAAUAAAAAAAUGACCUUCAUAAUGAAAAAAGUAUAUUGAGCAUGUAAGCAAAUUUGUAUGUUAAACUGAUUUGAUUCUUUCUGACUGACUAGUUCUACUAAUAAAUCUUUCAUGUUUUCUGAUCCUAGGGAUUUAACAUAGCACUAGUGAUAAAUCACUUCAACGUUUUCAAGAAGCACAUUUCAGGUAUAGCCGGAAAAAGGGUGCGGUUUUUUUGGGAAAAUCCAAAUUCGGAUUUCCGAAUCCAAAAACGGAUUUUGCAUUUUUUGGGGCAAAUCCAAAAACGGAACAUGAAUCCAUAAAAUCCACACCCUGGAGGGAUUCUUCUGAUCAAAUCCAAAUCAGGAAGUUUGUGAUUCACAAUCUGGGCGUUUUUUUUCGAACAAAAAUGGCACACAACAAUUGUCAUCUAUUAACAUUCGUAUACUGUUUUUAAACCCUUUCUCCGCCAUGUUUUUUGCAUGUAUGAAGUGUCUGCUUACGCCGGUAAAAAAAAAAUUCAUCGGCUUCAGUUUUAAAUUCUGACUUAUGAUUUUACUAUCCUAAGGUGUAUUCUAUUCGAGAAAUGUUUGGGUUUCAAACCAAAAUGUAUACAUUUCGUAUAGUAAUUCGUAGUUUAUGUUGCUUUUCCUUCUUGUCUUCGCCGCGAGGAUCAGUUUGUUGUUUAUUUUCUCUACAUUUUCUCUUUAUUUUCUCUUAUCACGAGGAGCACGAGGACAUGCCGUUGUCAUGGUAAACGAUCCUCUUUCGGAUCUUCUUUUUUUUUGGUAGCGAAGAAUCCAUUUGACCUGCGAUCACAAAUCCGUUUUUGGAGUCUCCAAAAAAACGCACCCAAACUUAGCAAAUCCUCAUAAAAUUGAUCAAUAGAGAGGAGAAGUCGUUUACGCCACGUUGCCAUGGUAGCAAAAUUUCUGGAUGUCAACAAACCGAAAACUUCACUUAGAAGGUGUAAGCCGCACCGUUUCAAACUUCAUCGAUCUUAUUCAGUUUCAGUUGUCAAAUGUUGGUGAAAUUUUCUGGGGUUGAAUCCGAAAGGAGCGUUUCUAAGUUUAGGAAAAGAAAAAGAAAAUUUUUGUUUUGUGUUCACUCAGUCUAUAAAGCGGGCGCGUGAAAUUAGGAAGUUUCAUGUUGCAACCGUGGAACGACGGCUAAGAAAUGUACAAAAAGCGCGUGAUGCACGUGGACAGUUGUUUUGCUAAUAUUAACGUAUUGCUUUUUUGCCGUUCACGUUGCCAUCGCUGUCGUCGUUGCCUAAGUUCCCCAUUGUUGUUAUCCAGAAAUUUUGCUACCAUGGUAACGUGACGUCACUCUUUUCUCUCUAUUGUCACUAACGAUAAAAUUUUGAUUUGGUUUUUCUUCAAUUAAACUAAACUGAUAAUAAAACGACUAACAUUUCAUAUUCUUUGUUUGUUUCAGUGGCGAAUCCUCAACCCAUCUGCAAAACAUUCAAAAUCUUUCACAUCAAUGCAAAAGUGUGUCUCCGGCUUACUCAUGUGUCGCUGGCCCCUGGUCACACGGGUGCAUGUCUAGAGGUGGAGAUAGACGCACUGAAAAAAGCUGUGGGAUGUUUCUACAUGGCGCGAAAGACUACAAUGACAUAG